AUGACAUUGGUGCCCCCUUCAGCGAUAUCGCUAGUACAGAGACUCAGUCUAGUGGUGUACCAAUAUAUAUUCCACUCGGAACCACGUAAGUAUUGGCUCGGUGGCAAGCAAGAUACGAAUAUAUCAGCGUGGUAUUGGCAAGAUAACUCACCGUUCAACUAUACUAAUUGGCAUCCGGGUCAACCAGACGACUACUUUCCACCCUAUCCGAUGUGUGUAGUGGGUAAUUAUUAUAAUAAUAGCCAAUGGGCUGAUAAUACUUGUAGUGUAGCGAUGUUUGGACCGUGCAAUUUCAUUUGCAAAAAAAAUGCAAAUUCAGUUGCACCCAACGAAUUCAAAACAGCUGAGAAGGCGCCAUAUCCCGUAACUCUUCCAAGUGCUCUUGAGGCCUAUCGAGCAGAUCUCUAG